AUGGCUCCAAGCAGAUGGUCCAUGUAAGUGAGUGGAAACCACACCUCUGUGGCCAUGUUUGUUCUGCUGGGACUCUCAGAUGAAAAAGAGCUGCAGCUCAUCCUCUUUCCAGUCUUCCUGGUGAUUUACCAUGUGACCCUGAUUUGGAACAUGGGUCUUAUCAUCCUAAUCAGAAUAGACUCUCACCUGCACACACCCAUGUACUUUUUUCUCAGUUUCCUGUCAUUUAUAGACAUCUGCUAUUCUUCUACCAUCAGCCCAAGGAUGCUUUCAGACUUCUUAAAAGACAAGAAGACAAUUUCCUUCCUUGCCUGUGCCACUCAGUAUUUUUUUGGGGCCUGGAUGAGUCUGGCUGAGUGCUGCCUCUUGGUCUUCAUGGCCUGUGACAGACGUGUGCCCAUUGGCAGCCUCCUGCAGUACUCAGCAAUCAUAGUCCCUGGUAUCUGUUGGAAAAUGGUAGCUGGAAUCUAUCGGGGUGGAUUCCUUAGUAGCUUAGUUCAUACAGUCCCUUGCUUUAAUCUCUACUACUGUGGGCCAAAUGUCAUUCAAGAUUUCUUCUGUAACAUAUUUCAGAUUAUUUCCUUGUCUCGCUCCAACCCCUUUAUCAGCCAAAUGAUUCUUUUUCUGGUAGCUACUUUUGUUGGGUUGGGCUCUUUGUUUGUUAUCCUUUUGUCCUACGGUUUCACUGUAGCUUCCAUGCUGAAAAUACCAUCAACCAAAGGUCGUGCCAAGGCCUUCAAUACCUGUGCCUCCCACCUGGCUGCUGUGGCUCUCUUCUAUGGCACAACCAUUUCUGUAUACAUGCAUCCUAGCUCUAGCCACUCCAUGAAGCAGGACAAGGUGCUCUCAGUAUUCUCUGUUGUCCUUAUCCCCAUGUUAAACCCUCUGAUCUAUAGUUUGAGGAACAAGGAAAUCAAAGAGGCCCUCAAGAGGGUGAUAAAUGAGGCAACACAUUUACAUUAG